CGCAUAGCGCGCGGUUUCGGACGCGCGCUUUGUGAGCACAUCCAGUUACUACCCUCCCUUUAAAAGCCUGCGUUUGCACGCAAUAUCGAAGGGAAAUCUUGGCCUGGACGUAAACUGCAUCAAGGGCACUUACGUUGUAAUCCUUCAAUCACAGCGUUUUUAAAGCCGGGGUUACCCUGCGUACUUAUUUUUGUUCAUCAAGGUGGGUGAUCUGAAAUAUCCUGUGGCUAGCGCGUAGUGCUUUGACGUUACGAACCCCUGCGGUCUUGUCUCGUCACUCUGUUUCAUACGUCGGCUUUCCUUGUACCUUUACUCUCACAGAACUUGUCAUCUUUCUUCAUUUUCGAUUUCAUCGUAGUCAAAUUGCCAUUUGUGUCUUUCUAUACUGCCAGAAUUUGUAACCUCUUUUUUCUUCUUCCAUUUCAUUUCAGUCAAAUCGCCAUUAUGGCACGCACGGAUGUCACUAUAGCGUGGAGGCGAAAGAAGAGGAAAUCUGUGCGCUCUGCCGUUCGCCGUUACGCCAUUUCGCUUGGCACCAACCGACUGCAGCCGUUGGUCUUGCUCAGCGCAAGCGAUCCCUUCGCAAGGACAAGUUUGUUGAGUGGCUGCUGACGUGUGCCCUAGCUGACCUCCAACCAUGAGUGAAUCAAACGCCACCGGAUCAUCACAAGCGCCAGCAGAGCGCGCUGCCCCUCCCGAGCCAGAGACCAAGCGGGUCAUUAGAUUCUUGCCAGUAGCAGCGAUCAUCGGAGUCAUAGUCUUGGUGGCAGCUGUUGCCUUGCUGCUGUUGUCCACCCGUGAACCCCCGAUGAAGCUGCGGACAACUGUCUUGGGCGGUGGCGGCCCUACUCGUGGACACACCACCACCAAGUUUUUCUCAAAGCCCACCUCCACCAAGCCUACGCACAAAAUCAAGGGGCCAGCGAGUGUCCUGGCAAAUGUCAGCAGGCGCUACUUGCGACGUACGCUCAGGUUUCUCUCGGGAAAGCCCCACCUGAGUGGAACAAAGUACAGCGAAGAGAACGUCGCCGACUUCAUCGUCGGCGAGUUCCGCAAGCACGGACUGGACACGGCCGAGAAAGUGCCCUACCGCGUUCUGCACCAGUAUCCUGACCCAAAGAAUCCGAACAAGGUGCAAUUGGUGGACGCGAAGGGAGAAGUGCUUGACGAGGCGAAAUUGCAAGAAGACCCUGUUCCAGGCGACCACACCGACACUGUAGUGCCUGGCUACCUUGCAUAUGCACGUCCGGGCACAGUUGAGGCAGACGUGGUGUACGUUGGCUCGGGCACGCACAAGGAUGUGGACAUGCUGGAAGCCAACAAAAUAUUCGUUAAAGGUCGCAUCUGCCUGGCACGAUACGGUGGCGGGCACCGUGGCGGAAAGAUCACCGUGUGCCAAGAACGUGGCGGUGUCGGAACCGUUCUCUUUCUGGAGCCCACCUUACCAAAUGUGAAAAAUUUCUACCCAAACUCGACUGUUGUGGACGGCUCGGCGCUGCAGCGUGGGGCUCUGUUCACAUUUGCUGAUCCCGAGACGCCUGGCUACCCAUCAGUUGAUGGAGUUUAUCGUGACACUAAUAGCAGUGAACUACCCAAGAUCCCGGCCCUCACAAUCAGCUACAACUUUGCUAUGAAACUGCUCGACCAGAUGGAGGGCAAAGUUGUCAACCUCAGUGGUGGUGCUCGGCGAACUGGUCCCAUCAAAGGUGGCAGGAAACUGCGGCUUGUCGUGAACAACAAGUGGGCGAGGCCCAUUGUCUACGAUAUCAUCGGUACCAUCAGAGGUCGCCUGGAACCCGAUCGGUACAGCAUCACGGGUGCCCACCAUGAUGCCUGGGGAUACGGCACCAUCGAUCCGUCGUCAUCCACCGCCAACAUCCUCGAGCUCAGCCGCGUGUUGGGUAACCAGCUGAAGCGCGGCUGGCGGCCACGGCGCACGGUGGUGCUGGCGAUCUGGGCCGCGGAAGAGAUCGCCAUCGCGGGAUCUGGCGAGUGGGUCGAGGAGAAGCUGCUCCUUCUCAACCGCGGAGCCGUUGGCUAUACCAACGUAGACAACUGUGUCUCUGGGAUCAUGUUUUUCGCCUAUGCCUCGCCUGUGCUGAGAAAGUUCCUCGUGAAAACAACCAAACAGGUCCCAUUCAACGGUACUCAAACUUUGUACGACUACUGGUACAAGUACGAGCAUAGCAUCGCGGGAACGACCAACCCCCAGGUGUACCUGACCCACGGAGGGAUGGACAACUCUGCCUUCAACUUCCUUGCUGGCGUUCCUUCGGCUAUCUUCACCUUCCGAGCCGACAGGAGGGUGUUCAAACUGGGCUCCUAUUCGUCCUACCACACUGCUUUCGAGACGAUUCGCCUGUUUGAGACCUGGAUCGAUCCGACCUACCACUUUAUGGAGACGUGCACUCGCCUCAAUGGGAUGCUGACGCUGAUGCUGGCCGAGGUUGAGUUCCUGCCCUACGACUUCCGCACCGUCGCUGAGGAGAUCCAGAAUGGCAUCUCCAAGCUGUCCAUGUUCCGCGAGCAGCUUGACACUUAUAAGGUGCCCAUGGGAUGGCUGAUCGAGGAGACCUCUCUGUACAGCAAGGCAGCUCAGCAGUGGCACAACUGGCUGGAGAAAGCGAAGCUUGGGGAGGACGACCGCCGGCGGGUCAACGACCGCAUGAUGCUGGUGGAGCGUGCCCUGCUGAGCCAGGCGCCCCUUAAGGACCGGCCGACCUUCCGGCACCUGAUCUUCUCGCCCCAGCUGUCCAAUGCGUAUGCGGGCACGGGCUUUCCCGUGGUCCAUGACCUCGCGUACCAGGCUGGACGCCUGCCCGUCGCGAAGCAGGAGCCAAUCUGGCGCCGCGUGCGGGCCUACAUCAACAUGGCCUGCAUCGCCGUGCGAACUGCCCGGAUCCUGCUCAACCCCGACAUGGCAAUACCCACCGGAACUCAUUUGAACAAUACUCAUUUGAAUGGAACGUAA